AUGGCAUUCCGAUUGCCCACUCAGGCUCCCCCUCGACGACUAACCCUAACGUCUGAACCUGCGAUCCAUACGCCUCAACACCUCGAGCCAAACGAUAAUAACGACGAUGAGGCCAAAGAAUGGAUCCUCUUCUCCCCCUCUCAAGCCGCCUCUCAUACCACGCGCACUCGGAGCGACUCCACCGAACGAACCGCCCGCACCGCUGGCCAGUCCCGACUGAGUGAUUUCGGAUCAUUCAAUGCGAUCACACACGAUAACUCGGGCGACAAUCCUUCAGUCGACGUGCUUGAUGAGGAGGCCACCGAGCUAGACAGCUUGGACGACGGCCUACACGAUUUCCGCGAUGGCAACUAUCCCGUGCUGCCGACUCAUGAUGGCCUGGGCUCGUUCCUGGCAUCAGGCCAACAGACCCAAGAACAACUCUGGAGAUACGAGCAGUACAACCCACAGCGCACAGCAGUACAUGCUACGCCAACGCGCCGUUCAAGUCUGCAGAACCACCUGGAAGCCGUGGAUGAACAGGAGUCGCGGGCUGAUCGAGAGCGGUGGCAGCGGAUUGAGAGGUGGAGGACAGAACAGAGCAGAAUCUUGUUGCAGGAGAUUGAGCGUGAGACAAGACGGCAUCAGCGACGUAGUAGCCGCAGCACCUCCCGAAGGUCCAGGAACGAUAUCUUAGAUAGUAUUUCAGAGACGAAGGCUAUGGAAAAUACGUCGAGCAUAUCUUCUUCAUCGCAAGGCGAUUCGCCCAAAGAAUCCAUCUGGCGCCGCAUAACCAGAAAGGUUAUUCGCGAUCUGAUAGGAAUAGAUGAUUCGUUACUCUCUAUUAUUCUGGGAGAGUCAUUGGUUGACGAUGUCCAUCUGACCUCGUACAUAGAUGAUGACUCGCACCCCGAUAUUCGUGAAAUGCAAGAAGCGAUCAGAGAUGUCCCCGAAACACCAAUCCAUGCCGAUGGCAAUCAUACAUGGCAGGAACAGCUCAUCCAACGGAUUGCACGCGAACUCGGUGUUCUGGUUCAUCAAAUCUGGGAACAUCCGGGGGCAUUUAGCUCUUAUAUGCGGUCGUCAGAGGAACCGACCGACUUUUACGCUGGGAUUCCGGUGACAAGACCAGAAUCAGCGCCGCGUUUUGGGAUAGAUUCAUCUUCGCAGAUAACACCCGAGGAAAACAUGACAUCUUCCGUUUCUUCGCCGCACUUUACUCCAACGCUCCAAGAUCCGGCUACGGCAGAUCUUGUCGCUCAAUGGGGCAUUGAAGAUGACGAAAUGGUACCAGGUGCUCAAUCACAAAGCAAUGGUUUAUACGAGCCAGUAUCAGCAUCUACGCUUGCAGCGCAGGAAUAUGACUAUUGGGAGCAAGACAUAGACGUCACCAUGAUAUUCCGCUACCUCAAGAAUCGGUUCCGAAGGGAUACUCCUACGAUGACUACUGCAACUACUAAUAGUGGCAAUGGAAAUACCACAGCAGGAGGCCAUUCAACCCACAAUGAAGACGAACAAGACACUUAUUCCAGCCGGCGGGCAGCCGUCAUCCGCCAGCAUCAUCCUCUAGUUGCGCGGGCUCAUGCACGAUCCCAAGCGCGGCAGUCAGGGGCAGCAGCAGCAGCAGGAGGAGGAGGAGGAGGAGGACUGCGAACGCAAAUGCGGGCCGCGGGCAUCUCAACGCCUACUUCUCCCAUAUCUCGUCAUCGCUUUCGUCGACCGAGCUCCAGCUAUGCCAGUCAGAGCACCAAGGUAUCUGCUACCAGACGCACUGCUGCCCUGGGCAGUGGCUCCAGCCGUCAUUAUUGGGAUAUAGGAGGCAGUGUCGGCAGCAGCAGUGCUGCUGUAUCUGUUGGCGGGCCUGCAGUUACUGGAGCUUGGGGAGAAGUGUAG